AUGUCAUCCACUGAAGCCAGAUAUCCAACUUAUACAAAGUUUCAAAAUAAUAACAAUAAUAGUAAUAACACUACUUCUUCAAAUAAAUCAUUCAUAAACAAUUCAAGAUUUUCAGCCAUUAAUUCUAAAUUAUCAAGUUAUGUUAAUUCAUCAUCAUCAUUGGUUUCACCACCAUCUUCAAAUAAUAAUUCUUCAAAUAUAACUGAUACUGAAUCAAUUACUUCAUAUGAAACAAAUAAUUCAACAAUUGCGACUACUAUAAAUAAUAAUAAUAAUUCACCUACAGAAAAAAGUAAUAAUAAAAUUAAACGUACUUUUUCAUUUGAUGAAUUUUCUUUAGAUAAGAGUCAUGAUAAUUACGAUUAUAAUUCUUCAUAUCAAUUGAAGAAAACAGAUACAAGAUUUUCAAUAGAUUCUUAUGUAGUUGAUAAAACAAAUCAAUUUAAAAUUGAAUUGAAUUUAAAACAAUCAGAAAUUGAUUUAAUUAGAUAUACAUGGAAUAAAAUGUUACUUGAAGAAAAUCAAUCAAAUAAUAAUUUACCAGGGUCAUAUAAUAUUAAAAAAAAACCAAUAAAUUCAACAACUUCAUCAAUUGCAACUAGUUUAUUUUGUAGACAAUUUUAUGCAAAUUUAUUAUCAAAAGAUUCAAAUUUAGAAAAAUUAUUUCCAUCAAUUAAACAUCAAGCUGUUAGUUUUGCUGGUGUAUUAAAUUUAACAAUUAGUCAAUUGGAAAAUUUAUCUGUUCUUGAUGAAUAUUUUGAAAAAUUGGGUAAAAGACAUUCAAGAAUUUUAAAUAUUGAACCUGUAAAUUUUGAAUUAAUGGGUGAAGCUUUAAUUCAAACAUUUCAUGAAAGGUUUGGAAGUAUUAGAUUUAAUCAACAAUUGGAAUUAUUAUGGAUUAAAUUAUAUUUAUAUAUGUCAAAUACAAUUUUACAAUUUGGUAUUGAUCCAAGUUUAAAAUUACAAAGAAUUGAAUCAAAUAAUUCCAGUUUUCAAAUUGAUAAAAAUUCAAGUAUAUUUACUUUUGAUAAUAUUAAUAAUAAUCAACCACAAAUGAUAAAUCAUACUAUUUCAAAUACUUCAGUACCUUCAGAAGAUCAACAAUCAAUCAAAACAUCAAAUCAUGAAUCAACAACAACUAUUAAAAAAUCUUUAUUAUCAAAUAUGUUAUCUUCUCAUUCAUCAAUUUCAAGUAAGAGAAUAAGUUCUGAUAAUUCAAUGAAAAAUAACACUAGUGUAUCGAAUGAAAAGACUAGUAAAAUACCUAAUAAGAAGUUUAGCAAAAUAAAGAAAGGCAAAGACAAUUGUGUAAUUAUGUAA